ACUCGCGCCAAAACGAUCUCGUCGCAAUAAACAAAAAUUAUUGUAAUACUAAAGCAAUUUUGGGGGAUUAAACCACAGAUACCUCUUAAACUACUGAAUUAGCGCUUCUAAUUCACAUCUUUUCUCUUCAUUGACGCAAUUUUGUACUGACAGUGUGUGAGUUGUCAAGAUGUGGAGGAAUGAAAACCAGACACCAAACGCAGGCUGUCUCUCCGUGCCUCUGUUUAAUCAAAGGAAGAGGAGCAGGCUGCCUUUGACGUCUAAUCCCUCUGAGAGCGAUCUCUUCACUGCCAACCACUACAAUGAGACACAAUCCUCCUCCUCUGCUCUUCCCACUUUAGGUCAGAGUGGUCAGUGGAGCCAGCAAGCCUAUCUUUCAUCUCAGCAAGCCAGCAUGAGAUCUGCUGCUUCACCUGGUGUGGCUGGACGAGGAUAUGCACCUUUAUCUCACCCAAAAAAACCUGUCUAUGCCCGGUCACAGACAGGGCAACAAAGGCCUCCAGUGAGACAGGAUUCAAUACCAGCAGUUGGAUCCCAGCUUCAUGGUGGCUUUCCAAGCAGCAGCUCAGUCUCGCUCGGCCAGCCCACAUGGUCCUGCGGCAUCCAGAAUCAACAGUCGUUUAAUAGACCAACAAAUUCUCCCAGAAAGCCGUACCGUCCCCAACAGUGCACCCCCGCAGCAGGAAGCACUCAGGGAAGUCACAGCGGAAAGUGGAACUUCAGACCUGUUGGACAAUCAACCAGUGGAAUGUGGGCAAAAGAAAAGAUGGACACCUCAAGGGUCCAGACCACCCCUCAGAAGCAGAAGCCCCCUCGUGAGAUAUCUCUGCGUCUUAUUACUGCUGUUAUUGAAGGAAUGAAGCACUGGAGCCAGUACAAGAACAGAGUACCAAUGCUGUUUGAGAUCUUUGCAACACUGGACUCUGCAGUUUCAGUUGAAGAACACGGAACAAAGAAAUUCCUCAUGAGGGAUGGUAAACAGGUGGUCCAGUGCCUUUACUAUGAAAUUGAUCAGAUUCUGCCCAGACUGAUCAGAGGUCAGGUGCAUCGCUGUGUCGGAAACUACGACAGGGAUAAGGACAAAAUGACUUGUGUGUCAGUUCGAGCUGCUUCGAUGUCAGAGCAAAGAAAUGCGCAGGAGGCUGUGAGAGCGUCAGAUGCAGAGAUGAGGGAUGUGGUGCUGGCUCUCAGUGAAAUCUGAUGUGGAUUGAGUGAGUAACACGAGAAAGAUUCAACUAGCACAGACUUUUACUGAAGUUAGGGUUGGUUUUGUUUUAAUUGUGAAUUAGUUAAGAGAUGACAUAAUUGUCAGUGAAGAUAAAGCAGUAUUACAGUAAAUCUGUGAUCUGUAUCUGGAGAUUUUGAUUCUGUACGUGAUGAAUGAAAAUGACUUUAAAAUACAUUCAAAUAUAGUUAAGUUAUUAUAAUUUAUUAUAAGU